AUGCCGGCUCCGUCCGCAGCCAUCGCCGGCUGUGGGGCCGCGGCCGGUGCCCUAGAACCAGGGCAUUGCCUGAGCCCCUCCGGGCGGCUGGCGGCUGCGGUCUGCCUGGGCACGGUGGGCAGCCUGGGUUUCUGCAGCAACCUGCUGGUGCUGCUGCUCUUCUGGCGUUACCGGGCUCUGCGCUCUCCCAUCAACCUACUGCUGCUCAACAUUGCCCUCAGCGACUUGCUGGUCUGCGCCCUGGGCACUCCGCUCGGGAUGGCCCCCGCCCGGGACCGGGGCUCGCCGGGGGCCGCCUGUACCUGGCAUGGCUUCGCCAACGCCCUCUGCGGCAUCGUCUCCCUCGUCUCCCUGGCUGUACUUUCUUACGAACGUUACUGCACCAUGACAGGAACAACUGAAGCUGAUACUACCAACUACAGGAAAGCAUGGGCAGGCAUUGUCCUGUCCUGGACAUACUCCUUGAUCUGGACUACCCCUCCUCUUUUUGGUUGGAGCAGCUACGGUCCAGAAGGAUCAGGGGCAACAUGCUCUGUGAACUGGCAUUCAAAUGAUGCUAACAACAUAUCCUACAUCAUAUGUCUGUUCAUCUUUUGCCUUGUCAUCCCCUUUGGCAUUAUUGUUUAUUCAUAUGGGAGGCUGCUGUGCACUGUGAGGCAGGUGAGCAGCAUCAAUAAAGGGAUGGUCCGGAGCCGGGAGCAGCGCAUCCUGAUCAUGGUGGUGGUGAUGGUAAUUUGCUUUCUUCUUUGCUGGCUGCCAUAUGCAAUUGUGGCACUUAUAGCUACUUUUGGGAAACCUGGUUUCAUGACUCCUGCUGCUAGCAUCAUCCCAUCCAUCCUUGCCAAAAGCAGCACAGUCUACAACCCCAUCAUUUACAUAUUUCUGAACAAACAGUUUUACAGGUGCUUUUUGGCACUCCUGAGAUGCAACAAAGCAACCAUGAACUACAGCAACAAGUCCUUGCCCAGGUCCUGCCACAUGCUCCAGCAGGUACAGGACCACACUGUCCCCACAGUGGCUGCCUUGGCUGGGCAGCCCUCAGAUGAGAGCCUGGACCUCACUGGGAACAUGCACCCACCUCUGGAAGACACCCUAAAGGUUGGAAGAGCCAUGUCAAUGGCUCAGUGCAGCUCUGGAGCUGAGCUGCCAGGCUGA